GCGGGGACGGAUCUGGCCCCGCACCGAAACUGGAGCCACACCGGGGGUGUCCCCACGCGGGCUCUGUCCCCACACGGAGGUUGUCCCCGCACCGGGGCUGUCCCCGCACCCAGCCGCCGGCGCGCCCCCUCAGCCCCCUCGCCCCCCUCAGCGCCAUCUUCCCGUGCCCGCCCGUCCCUCCCCAGCCCCGGGGGGAAGCGGGGCGCCGUGAGGAGGGGACACACCCGGUUAAACCCCCGCGGCCGGCCCCGGUUCUCCCCCGCAGCCCUUCAGCGAGGCGCGGGGCGCUCUAAGGGCGGUGCGGGCGCUUGGGAACCGGCGGAGGUCGAGGGAAGGGGGGAAGGAUCCUGAAUGCUUCCAGAAACGUGCAAACAAGAACUCAUCGCGAACUCCUUUAUUAUUAAUUUUUGUUUUUAUUUAUUUUUGACGAGUACUGAGAGAGCAACCGCUGCGCUCAGGCCCCACACGGCAGGGGCUCCCUGCUGGCUCUCCCCUCGCGCGGCUCCCUCCUUCCCUCCCGGCUCGGCUCCUGCCCCAUAGCCCCGGCCCCUCGCCCCACACCGACCCCGCAGCGAGCCGCAGCCCCUCAGCGCAGCGGCGGCCCCACGGCACAAAGGCGGCGGGGGCCGCGCUCCGCGCCCGCCUGUGACGGCGACUUCCCGACAGGCAGCGGCGCGGGCAGCCCCGCUGGAGGUGCGAGGAGAGGGGGAGCUGGAGACAGGCACCGCGGCGGGCAGCCCCGGCCGGGGCCCCGCUCUAUAUAAGCGGCGCGGGGUCCUACGGGCGCGGUCCUGUCACGCUCGCCCGGGGAGGAGGCUGAGGUGGCGAUGGCGGAUUUCGAUCCUUACGACGAUCGGGCCUACAGCAGCUUCGGCGGCGGCCGGGGGUCUCGUGGUGGUGGCCUUGGUUCCCGCAAACAGAAAGAGCUGCCAACAGAACCCCCUUUCACAGCGUAUGUGGGAAAUCUACCCUUCAACACCGUUCAAGGAGACAUAGAUGCCAUCUUCAAGGAUCUCAGUGUAAGGAGUGUACGACUAGUCAGAGACAAGGAAACAGACAAAUUUAAAGGAUUUUGUUAUGUAGAGUUCGAUGAGGUGGAGUCACUCAAGGAAGCUCUUACAUAUGAUGGUGCACUUUUGGGUGACCGAUCACUCCGAGUGGACAUAGCAGAAGGCAGAAAACAGGAUAAAGGUGGCUUUGGCUUCAGAAAAGGUGGCGGGCCUGAUGACAGAGGAAUGGGAGGAGGUUCCCGAGAAUCCAGAGGAGGUGGAUGGGAUUCCAGAGAUGACUUCGGUUCUGGAUUCAAAGAUGAUGACUUCUUGGGGGGCCGGGGUCGAGGCACUCGCCCCGGAGACCGGCGACCGCCAGGUGCCUCAAUGGGAAGUGGUGGCACUGGUCGUUUCCGAGAUGGGCCUCCCCUUCGUGGAUCUUCCAUGGACUUCAGAGAGCCAACAGAAGAGGAAAGAGCACAGCGACCCCGGCUUCAGCUCAAACCUCGAACAGUUGCUACUCCCCUCAAUCAAGUAGCCAACCCAAACUCUGCUAUCUUUGGUGGAGCCAAGCCCCGAGAGGAAGUAGUAAAAGAGCACGACUGAGCUUGGGGUUGAGAGGGAAUGGGGAGGCGGGAGAAAAAGCAAGACAGUACAGAGUGACUAGCUCUGCUGGAAUGUCAACCCUGCAGUUUACCAUUCCUGCCAUCUGGCAUUUGUCCUCUUUGAAACUGAAAACACAGAGCUUGUGAAUGCAUGUCAGCUGUUAACAAGUGGUUUUUAGUACGUUCUUGGCUUUGCUGUAUCUAGUGCCUGCUUUGUGCUGAGUUUCCUCUUCUGUUUCCUUCCAAGCAGCACAGUUGCCAGUAGAUAAGGCAGUGUAGCUGCUUCCACAGGUGUGGAGGUCUCUGGACAAAGGUGCUGCUUCACUUCCUCCUUUCUGGGUUUGUUUUACUUUAGAAGCACAGGUUAGACUUAGUUAUUACCCUGUAUUGUUUCCUUUUACUUCCUCAGUGCUCCUCUUCUGACCUGCAUGUCUCGUUCUGUAUUGCUGUGGCUCUGAAGAGGAAAACUGGAGAGUCCAGAUGAGUUGAGCAGAGUAACUUUCAGUUCUAACCAUGUAGUGAAAUACCAUUUAGGACAGUUGAUGACUUACUGUAUCCAGCAGAGCCCCUUAGAACACUAAGGGGGGAACUGCCCUUUCACACAGGUUACCAGGAAGUAUCGAUUUAAUAGAUGCAAGUCAAGUUGGCUGGCAAGCCUGGUGGAUAGGUGGAAGCAGCACGGAUAAAGCAUCUCCCAGCAGCCUGUUGCUGGUGACUGAUAGAAUUCAAAAUGGUAUGAUGCUACACCUCAGAGCUCAAGGUUAGUGCUGCAAAAAUGUGCCCGAGCACAGCUGCUCACUGGCUCUUUCUGCUUACAUUUCUUUGGAUUUUACAUGUUUGGUAAAUUUUUAAAUGAAGUUUCUACAAAUAAAAUUGACUUUUUUAUUUUUCUUUGAGGAGUAUAUACUUUGCCAUGCAGUAUGUAGUUGUCAUUACCCCCUGUUUUUCUUUGCCCAGUGGUGUACAGUUUUAAGACCUCUGCUUUCAGAAUACCAUGAAAAUGAGCAGAUUAGAAACUGUUAUAAAAUAGAUUCUCUUCAUGUAGAAGUUUGGGUGAAAAGCAUCUCUAACCGCUGCAUCUCUGAACUUGAAGCGUUUCUUGCCAGCGUUGGGAAUGUUCUUUGUGGGAGGAGGGAGGGGAGGGGGAGGCUGGAGCUGAGGGAGAGAGCAUUCAUGUUUAAAAACAACGUGGAUCUCUAACACUGAAGUGCAGAUAUGUCCAACGCGUGAGGAAAAACUUGGGCCCCUAACACUAGUGCUGACAGCUCCCAGAUAAAACAGCCAGCACGCCAGAGUACUUGCAAAAGAAGUUUGGAAGCAUGGCUGCUUUACUACCAGUGUCACUGCUAGUAGUGAAUUUCUCCUGUAAAGUUUUUUUUGUAACGUCAGAGUCCCAGCAAUUUACAGAACUACUCUUUCCUUCCUUCUGCCUGUCACUUAAUCUGCUUUUGAGAUAAGAACCAUUUGUCUAACACUAAUAAUUAAUUUAAGACAGACAUGCAUUUGUGUGGUUGUAUUCCAAACCAAUAAUUGACCUAUUUACAUCUUCAAUGUGGAAAAGAUUUUAAGAACAAAUUCCCAUAUAAAAACUCACCUCUAGUCAAGACAGUUGACUUUUAAAUGUAAAGAAAAAAAAGAAAAAAGAAAAGAAUUCCAAACACUUAACACAUUCUGCUUCAUAACAAAAUAAAUUUAUGGAUAUGGUAUUUUGUGAAUGAUCUUUUAAAUAAAAGAAAACAUUAAGUAAUA